UUUGUUCAGCAAUUUCAUAAUUCAGUUGUUGUUACUUGUUAUUAAAUGCGCAAUUCAAUUUUCAUCCUAUAACCGCCAGCCGGUCAUGUAAUUCUCUGUGAUUGUAUUUGUAUAGAUCACACUCUGUAGAUCUAUCGGUUCGUCUUGACAGGUUAAAUAAUGCAAUGUAAAAGUUAUGCCUAACAAUAUUUAAUUGGGUUAAAAUUUAUUUUUAAAAAAAAUCGAUACAUAAGUUAUAACAUUGUAAGUGCUUUCGUUAAAUUUGAUGUUCCUAAGGCCUGAAGAGUCAGAGAUUUUACAUCAAUGAAACCGUAGAACACAAAUAUUUAUUCAGUCAAUUAAUGAAUUAAAGAAAACUAUCAACUUAAAAUUUGAUAUUAAUACUUACUAUUGACUGUACUUCCUCAAUAAACAAAAUAUGACUGCUCCAGAAGAAGACACAUCAUAUUCAAAGUUGCCUAUUGAAGAACGAUGUGUACACAAAUUGUGGAAAGCCAGGAUAAGUGGUUACGAAGAAGCUGUUAAAUUGUUUGGACAAUUGGAUGAAAAAGAUCACGAAUGGAAUAAAUUUAUUGAGAUCAUAAAGAAAUUUGUUAUUGACAGCAAUGCGAUUGCACAGGAAAAAGGCCUUGAAGCCACAUUGGUUUUUGUGAAAAACUGUGCUACUGCUGGACGUACGGCCGGAGAUGUCAUGGCUGGGUUGAUAACAAAAUGUUAUGGUGCACCAAAAUCAAAAACUAAAGAUAUUGCUAUACUAAUAACAUUAAUGUUUAUUGAAAUCGAGAAGCAAGAUGUAGUAAUAGAAGAAUUAGUUAAAGGACUGGACCAUAAAUUUCCUAAAAUUGUUUCAACUUGUAUUAAAGCUGCAACUCAAGCUAUUAAAGAAUAUGGAUCAAAAGUUUUGAAUGUUAAACCACUGCUGAAAAAAUUACAAUCAAUACUUGAAGACAGGGAUAAAAGUGUUAGAGACGAAGCAAAAUUGUUGGCAAUUGAAAUUUAUUCUUGGAUUGGGCCUACACCAGUUAAAGCAAAUUUGUCAAAUCUAAAACCUUUACAAAUUCAAGAGUUAGAGGAAGAAUUUGAAAAAGUUAUUGGUGAUAAGCCACGGCCGACACGUUUCUUACGUUCUCAACAAAUGCAAGCAGCUAAAAUGAAUGAAUUGGCUGUUAAUGAAGGUUUAGAGUUGGAAGAAGACACUGAUGAAGUUGAUGAUAUUGAAGAGCAUAUUGAUCCUGUAAAUAUACUUAGCCAGCUAAAUAAAGACUUUUAUGAAAAACUUGAAGCGAAGAAAUGGCAAGAACGCAAAGAAGCUAUUGAUAUGCUAGAAGGAAUAUUAUCCAAAGCUCUAAAAAUAGAAAGUGGGGAAUACGGAGAUUUAGUUAGAGCCUUAAAGAAAAUAAUUACAAAAGAUUCAAAUGUUGUAAUAGUUGGAAUUGCUGCCAAAUGUAUGACUAUGUUAGCUAAUGGAUUAAAAAAACAAUUUGAAACUUAUGCUUCUGUUUGUAUACCAGCAUUGUUAGAGAAAUUCAAGGAAAAAAAACAAAAUAUUGUAUUGCCACUAAGAGAUGCUGUCGAUGCUAUCUAUUUAAGUAUGACACUUGAAUCUAUUCAUGAAGAUAUUUUAGCAGCAAUAGACAAUAAAAAUCCAUCAGUAAAAGCUGAAUCAAUUUCAUUUUUAGCUCGCUGUUUUACAAAAUGUACCCCAGCUAUUUUGAACAAAAAACUGUUGAAAAUUUUUACGACAACAUUAAUUAAAACAUUGAACGAGUCAGAUCCAAUUGUUCGAGAUAAUUCCGCUGAAGCUCUUGGUACUGCAUGGAAAGUUGUAUCAGAAAAAAAUAUUGUUUCUUUUUUGACCAGUGUUGAUGCUAUAAAACUUUCCAAAAUUAAAGAAGCAGCAGAAAAAGCUAUUAUUAUUGCAAAACAAUCUGUUGUUAAAGAACAUUUUUCAAAACCUAAUAGUAUUAAUGUAGAAAAAAAAGCAAUUUCUAAGACUAAUAAAAAUAUUGCUUUAAAAAAAAAUCUUGCAACUAUUAGUAAAUCCAAAAACCCUCCUGGUGUUUGUAAAGCAUUAUCAUCAAAUAGUCAUCUUCUGAUUGAUAAUGAAAAAGAAAUCAGUGACAAUGAGUUGGAAGAAUUAGCUUUAACUUUCUUGUCCCCUGAAAUUUUAAGCGGCAUGAAUGAUACAAAUUGGAAAACUCGUUUGUCUAAAGUUCAAGAAUUUUCUCAAAUAAUUGAUGAAAUAGAGUCAUCCACAGUUAGCAGUCAAGUAUUAAUCAAAUUGUUGAUCAAGAAACCGGGUAUUAAAGACAAUAAUGUACAAAUUCAAAAGUUGAGACUCGAGUGUUUGAAAAAAGUUAUUGAGAAGUUUUCUAUAACCAGUAGUGACAUUGAAUAUUGUAUACAAGAUAUUUCUUCAUUAUUGGGUGAUACUAAAAAUGGUAACUUAGCUAGUGAAUUAUUGACUACCUUUGCUGAUGCAACUAGACUGGAUCUGGUAUCUAAUGUUGUAUUAAAAUAUGCAUUUUCUGUUCAAAAAAAUCCAAAAGUUCAGAUUGAUGCCCUCAGUUGGCUUUCAGGUGCAAUCUUAGAGUUUGGAUUUGACAUUACACCUAAGUAUGUAAUAGAGUAUGUAAAGAAAGGUAUCAGUGCUUCUAACCCUCAAGUAAGGGUGGCUGUUAUUUCUCUUUUGGGUGUUAUGUAUCUGUAUGUGGGUCCUCAACUAAGUUUAUUUUUUGAAAAUGAAAAACAAACUUUAUUGCAACAAAUAAAUGCAGAAUUUGUAAAGCGCCAAGAUGAAGUUCCUCCAAAACCAAUACGUGGGAAAAAAAGUAAAGGAUCUUCCGAAUCAUCAAGUGAUGAUGAAAAGCCUGAUAAUGAAGUUAAUGUACGAGAUUUUGUCCCUAGAGUUGACAUAAUACCUCAAAUAACUGAUACGUUGAUAAAUGAAUUUUCAGAUAGAGAUUGGAAGGUUCGUUCUAAUGCCUUAACUAAAUUGAAAAACAUUAUUACUGAAGCUAAAUUUAUAACUAAUAAAUUGGGUGAAGUAAGGGAAGCUUUGCAAGAUAGGAUAAGUGAUUCAAAUGCUCGCCUUGGUUCGAAUGCAAUCAAUUUAGUGGAAUUAAUAACUAUAGCCAUGGGAUCAUCUUUUAAAGUAUAUAUAAAAGGUUAUUUACCUGGCAUAUUAAAUGCUUUAGGUGAUUCAAAGACAUUUAAAUGCCAAAGUGCUCGUCAAUGUAUGAAUACUUUUGGAGAUAUAUGUGGUUAUCGAGAAUUUUUUGGAGGCGAUAUACUCUUGGAUGCAUCAAAAAACAAUUCAGUAACACUAAGAUCAGAACUAUGGACUUGGCUUGCAGAAAAAUUGCCUAUUAUUCCUAUAAAGACAAUUCCGGCUGAUGAGUUAAAAUGUUUACUCCCUGUUUUAUAUACAAGCCUUGAAGAUAAAAACGCUGGUGUUCGUAGUGCCUCAGAAAAGGCUGUCCUUGGGUUUAUGAUGCAUUUAGGUUAUUCUUCUAUGUACGGUGCUUGUGAAAAAUUAAAACCUAUGUCAGUCAAGUUGUGUAGAGAGAAAUUGGACAAUGAAAGACCAAACUUACCAAUUGAAAAGCCUAAAGUUGUAAAAUCUUGUGUUCCUCCAGGUACUUUGGUUAAAUCAAAAGGUUCAAAAACACUUGCAUCUAAAGCCAUUACAAAAGUAAACAAGGAAAACAUAAUUUCCCGUGCACAUGUGGCAACUGGAAAAAAGAAAGAAGAAGUAGAUAAUAAAUCAUUGUUUCAACAAAAUAACUUAAAGCAUCAACGUGAUAUUGAUGAACAUAAAUUAAAGACUUUAAAAUGGAAUUUUGUUACUCCACGAGAAGAAUUUGUUGAACAACUUCGAGAACAAAUGUUAACAGCUGGUAUUAACAAGGUGUUAAUCACAAAUAUGUUUCAUUCAGAUUUUAGAUAUCAUCUUAAAGCAAUUGAGUCUCUUUCAGAGGACUUUAAUACAGCAGAUGAUAAUUAUUUACCAUUAAUUAGUAAUCUUGACUUAAUCCUGAAAUGGAUAACUUUAAGGUUUUUCGAUACUAAUCCAUCGGUACUUUUAAAAGGUCUUGAAUAUUUACAACACAUAUUUAAUAUACUUAUAACCCAAAAAUAUGUUCUGCACGAUACUGAAGCAUCAAGUUUUGUGCCAUAUUUAGUAAAAAAAUUGGGUGAUCCAAAAGAUAUAGUAAGGAACAAUGUCCGAGCCAUAUUAAAACAAAUUGCAUUUGUAUUCCCAAACUCAAAGAUAUUUCAAUAUAUUAUGGAAGGAAUAAAAUCAAAAAACUCAAGACAGCGUUCAGAAUGUUUGGAGCAUUUAACAUCCAUGGUAGAAGAUUAUGGUACUUCAGUGUUUCAACCUAGUGUUGCAGUGGCUUGUAAAGAAAUUGCUAAAAGCAUUGGAGAUAGAGAUAAUUCUGUUCGUACAGCAGCACUCAAUUGUUUUGUUGCUGCAUUCUUUUUGCAUGGAGAAGCUCUUUUCAAUUUUGUUGGCCAUAUUUCUGAGAAAGAUAUGGGUCUUUUGAAAGAACGGUUAAAAAGAGCUUCAAAGAAUAGAGUCGUGCCUGUUGCCACCAUUCAGCCAACUAUGAAAAUUGUUCUACCUCCUGUUCAACAUGUAAUUAACAUAGAGGAAGGCAUUGGUGAUGGUGAAGAAUAUACCUCAGACUGUGAAGAAAAUAAUGCUAUACUUAAUGUUUCACAAGAAUCUAAUCACGAACAAAAUCCUCAAGGAAAUGUAAACAAUUCACCUUCUAGUUCUGGGAAUUCUUCUUGCACAUCAGAAACUAUUCCUACUACAAUAGAACAUUCACUCUCAUCAGAAAUGGAAUUCAGAAUAUCUAACAUUGGAAUCACUGGCAAAACUCAGGCCACCCGAACUCGCUUUGCUUUAGAUGAAAAAUUUAUUCAGGAAUUGGAUUCAGAAGUCAUUGAAACACCACAAUUAGUAUUAAAACCAUAUAACUGGACCGUAGAUCACGAUGAAAUAAACUUUGGAAAAAUAUUUCAAGAUAAAUCUCAAUGUUUAUUUCCUGAUGGUCCGUCGUUGUCUAGACCAUGUCUAAACGUGAACCCAUAUAGUACUGCAACCGUUAUAAAAUGUAAAAAUCCACCACCCUCAAUUGAUCCUAUUACGCAGUUGAUAAAUCAAGCGACAUCAAUAAAUUUAGAAAUAUCAAAAGUUGCAUUAACAAAGCUUGAUAAAAUGUUAACAGAACCAGAAACAAGAUCAAAGCUUUUAGAAGAUAGAAAAGUGUUGUCACUUUUUUAUGGAAUUAUUAGACAGUUUGAUGUCUUAUCAGAUUGUAUGGACACUGUCGGAUAUAAGAAUAUAUUCCAUUUAUGUUUGAAUCUGUGUAAAUAUCAAGAAUUCAUGUUAAUAUUAACUGAACAAAUUGUGCACGACUUACUUUUAAAACUGUUGUAUCUUCUAUCUACGAAGGAACUAGAGAAUAGAUCAGACACUAAAAUGUUUUGGCAAUGUGUGAACAGUCUCAUUAUGAAAGUUCUUGAUCUGUGUGCUCAUACUACAGUCACAUGCGCUAUUUUAACCAUACUUCAUGACACUGUCAAAAAUCCUCAAAACUCAACAGCUCAUUUUAAAGAGUUGGUAAUGAAAUGUAUAUGGAAAAUUACAAAAGAUUUUGAAAGGUGGGGCGAUGAUCUAUGUUAUGAGCUAGUAUUUGAACGUGUACACAAAUUCUUGGAAGAAAUUGAUUUAAAAUAUUGGAAUAAACAACCGUGUGACAUUCCAAUGAGAACAUGUAAAACUGUUUUAUAUACAAUGGUAAAAUUACGCAAAGAUAAAGUAUUGGAAAGUUUGGCCAAUCUAAAAUUACCUAAAGAUUCAAUAAUGGUUGAUUACAUAUUCAAGACUUUAAAGCAAUUGAAUAAUAGAUCAGAAAGGAACAAUGGUAAACACAGAACAACGCAUGAUGAACUAGCUGAUAUAUUCAAACUGAUAGGACAACAUGAAAUGAUGGAUGAAGCUGUUCAACAGUUAUACAAAUUCAAAAUCAAGCAUCCAGAUAUAGACAUAGAACCGUACAUUUCUAAGAAGACAAAAUAUUUUCAAGAUUGUAUCCACCGUCGACUAUCAGCUAUCAAAGAUAAUUUAAAAAGCUGUCCAGUCAAACACAAUGGAAUCUAUGACAAUUUUAAGCCACUUAUGCUUCAAAAACCUGAAUCUGCUGUCACUAGUGAAGCCGACGGUUUCAUGAAACGAUUGCAAAAGUUAAAAAUGAAAGCGUCAUUAGCCUGUAGUACAUCGGUCGAAAAACGUAAUAAAAACCAUCUACUGGACCAAAGUGCUUAAUCCUGACCUACGUUGUUCUUCCCUUACAGUAAAAUUUAAUUCCAUUUAUAGUUAUUAGUUGGUAUUGUUUUCAAACAAAUGGUCCAAUAUUGUCGAAUCUUAACACAACUCCAUUGACACUGAAAACCCACGGAGUAUGGACGCUAUUAGUUUGUUUAUUUUUGUAUAUUAUGUUUUCCACAAUUUCGUAUAAUUAUAAUUGAACAUUAGCUUUGUG